AUGGCGGGCUCGCCGCCUGUACACGGGUGUCGUGCUCUCGAUCGCUCUGUAUGGGGCGCCCAUCUGGACGCCUCGACUCUUAGCCACCAGCUGCAACAGAAACCUGAUGCGUCAGGCUACGCGGUCGGUGCUAAUGAGACGAUCCGGGGGUACGGCACUAUCUCGUACAUGGCGGCGACCACCCUGGCCGGCUCCACCCCAGUAGAGCUCCUAGCCGAGGAAAGAUACCUCCUCUAUUGGCGUAUCAAGAAGCUCCGCGAAAUGGAGGGGGGACUAACGGUCAGGAAUUUGAAGGCCCUGAAGACCCAAGCCCGUGCCCGGGUCCUCGACAAGUGGUCGACCGACUUGGCCGAUCCGCGAGGAUUCGGGCGCCAGACGGCCGAAGUUGUCCGUCCUUCCCUACCAGAGAUGGUGGGCAGGCGGGGGCGUGGACUAUCCUUCCACUUGGUGCAGGUGCUAACGGGGCACGGUUGCCUCGGAAGGUAUCUGCACCUAAUACGGAAGGAACCCACCGGAUGCCACCACUGCCCGGAGCCGGUGGACUUGGCGCGGCACACGCUCGCGGAAUGCGAGGCGUGGAGCCAGCAACACCGAGUUCUGGCCCGAGCGGUGGGAUACCGGGUGGAGGAGCUCUCGCUCCCGCGCACGGUCCAGGCCAUGUGCGGGAGAGAAGACAUGGGGGGCGGCGGUCUCCUUCUGCAGGGACAUGUCCCAGAAGGAGGCCGCCCAGUGGGAGCGCUGUCCCAACCCCCGCCAUAG